GGUAGUGGCACACUUUCCAGAACGUUGAUGCUGGGUCCAGCCUCAUAGAUACCCCAACCAUUCUUGGCACCUGUUCCUCCAGCCUGAUAAUUUUGUCGGCCUCCCAGAAGCUUCCCAUAAAUUCCCUUUCAGGUUAAAUUUGCCGGAAUAUGUUUCUAUAUGACUUACCAAGAAUGGUUGUUUGUGAAAACGGAUGUGGGGCGUGAGGAGGGCCGAGUCCCAGAUCUCGGUUGAGCCCUUGGGAUGUGCCCUGCCAAGUGUGGGUCCUUGGCUUUGCACAGGAAAGAAUUCAAGUGCGAGCCACCAUUGAGUAAAGAUGGAUCGGUCUCUGUGGAAAUCCUGAGUGUUAAAACAUCCAACAAGGCUGAAGCUAGCUCUUGUCACCAUGCAGACAUUACUUCGUGCCAGGCUGGAAAGAGACCUUCUAAUCCAGCCUUCUGGUGGAUAAAUGGAAAUGGAGAAGAAGUGAGAUGGAGUUUUGAGGACCUGGGAUCUUUGUCUAGGAAAUUUGCAAAUAUCCUUACAGAAGCCUGUGCCCUGCAAAGGGGUGAUCGAGUAAUUGUGAUUCUUCCCAGGAUCCCAGAGUGGUGGCUUGCAAAUAUAGCCUGUAUGCGAACAGGGACAGUUUUAAUUCCAGGAACCACUCAGUUGACCCAGAAAGACAUCCUUUACAGACUACAAUCUUCAAAAGCAAAGUGCAUUAUCACCAAUGAAGUUUUAGCUCCAGCCGUAGAUGCCGUUGCAUCUGAGUGUGAAAAUCUGCACUCCAAGCUAAUUGUGUCUCAGAAACCCAGAGAAGGGUGGGAGAACCUCAAGGAGAUGAUGAAACAUGCCAGUGACAACCACACUUGUGUGAAGACAAAACACAAUGAGAUGAUGGCCAUUUUCUUUACCAGUGGAACAAGCGGAUCUCCGAAAAUGACCGGACACACCCACAGCAGUUUUGGUUUAGGAUUAUCUGUAAAUGGAAGGUUCUGGCUGGACUUGACCCCUUCAGAUGUGAUGUGGAAUACCUCGGACACAGGCUGGGCAAAAUCUGCAUGGAGUAGUGUUUUUUCUCCAUGGAUCCAGGGAGCAUGUGUAUUUGCACAUUAUUUGCCGCGGUUUGAGCCAACUUCCAUCUUGCAAACACUUUGCAAGUUUCCCAUCACAGUCUUCUGUUCAGCACCAACUGCAUAUCGAAUGCUUGUACGGAAUGAUAAGACCAGCUCUAAGUUCAAAAGCUUAAAGCACUGUUUGAGUGCCGGGGAACCAAUCAACCCUGAAGUGACUGAACAAUGGAGAAAUAAGACGGGUCUGGAUAUCUACGAAGGAUAUGGACAGACUGAAACGGUGCUAAUCUGUGGAAAUUUUAAGGGAAUGAAAAUUAAGCCUGGAUCAAUGGGAAAGCCUUCACCUGCCUUUGAUGUUAAGAUUUUAGAUGCAAAUGGCAAUGUUCUACCACCUGGACAAGAAGGAGAUAUUGGCAUCCAAGUUCUACCUAACCGACCAUGUGGCCUUUUUACUCAUUAUAUAGAUGAUCCUACAAAAACAGCUUCAACUCUACGAGGCAAUUUCUAUAUCACUGGGGACAGGGGCUAUAUGGAUGAGGAUGGCUAUUUCUGGUUUGUUGCAAGAUCAGAUGACAUCAUAUUAUCCUCUGGUUACCGAAUCGGACCGUUUGAGGUAGAAUGUGCCCUGAGCGAGCAUCCUGCAGUUGCAGAGUCAGCUGUUGUCAGCAGCCCAGACCCCAUCAGAGGAGAGGUAGUAAAGGCUUUUAUUGUUCUGAACCCUGAUUACAAGUCACAUGAUCAAGAACAACUGAAAAAGGAGAUUCAGGAGCAUGUAAAAAAGACUACAGCACCUUACAAAUAUCCCAGGAAGGUAGAAUUUAUUCAAGAGCUGCCAAAGACUGUCAGUGGGAAGAUAAAAAGGAAGGAACUGAAGAAGACAGAAUGGGAAACAAUUUAAAUUCAUUCCUUUAAUUAUCAUGGUAUCUGUAAAACAAGACUCUGUAAAACCACAACAUUAUGAAGAGGUGAUAAAAAAAUGUGAUACUAUGCUUAUAAACUGAUUUAAAAUAGCUUGUGGUUAUAACAUCAGAGGCUGAAUUUUGAAAUAAAUAUUCAGUAAAUCCCUCUGCAUAAGCGUCAAUAUUCUUAAUAAUUUGGUAACAUUAAAAAGAGUACCAUCAAUUGCUGAGGAAUUUUUAAAUUUACAGUAUAGAAGCAGGUUUUGAACCAAAUCUCUGAUCUGUUGGAUUUCAAAUCUUAGUUGAAUAAUUCUUCUGAUAUGCUGAUAUACAAAUCAGAACCAAUUUUCAAGCAUUGAAAUAAGGCUUACACAAGUCAUCAAAGUUUUUAGAAAAAUUCAAAAUAUCAGAAGAUUGUCAUAAUUCUCAAAAUACAAGUAUUUACCUGAAAAUAGGCUAGGGAUUUUUAUUAGUCACAUUUUCCUUCAAUUUAAAAAUAAUUUAAAAUAUGUUUUAAGGUCUAACUGUAACAGGAGGAUAUCAUGUUGUACACCUGAAACUAAAAUUUUGUAUCAGUUAUAAUUCAAUGAAGGAAAUAAGGGUAUCAUAUACUAGCAUUGUUACUUAUUAUAUUUAAUCUAAUAAAUCCACUUUACCAAGUGCUUCA